AUGCACACCCUAAAUCCUUUCCCGCGAAAAUUCAGAUUCAUCGUAACAUCCCCGCAGUUUAUAUGCUUUACUUUUAUCAUUAUUCUAUUUCAAUUCACCAUUUUAGAUCUCAUUUCCCUCCGGAUUUUCCUUAAGUUUCUGUUAAAGAUGCCGACCAUCGCCGCCGGCCGACGUUCAUCUCCGGUUGCUAUCUCUGAGGUUGGGGAUACCACUCCUCAAAAACGAAAGUUGAGGUCCAAUUCAGCUGCCAAAGAUGGACUGGAUUCUUCGGUUUCUUCGUCGCCGAUGCAGACUCCUUCUCCAUUGAAGCGGAAAUCGCCUCGCCGAUGCCUAAAUGAUAGUCCGAAGGCUUUGGGUAUUAUUAAUGAAUCGACGGAAAAUGGGGCAGGUACUAAUCACAAAGCAGUAAGUCUGACCAAAUCACCGGUCAAGAGGAGCUUGUCCGCCGGGUUUUUCGAUAAACCAAUUUGGAAUGCAACAGAUGUGAAGCAUUUGAAUGCGGUGAAGGAGGCUUUGCAUGUUUCAACUUCCCCUUCAGCUGUUGUGUGCCGGGAAAAUGAGCAGAACACUAUUUUGGAGUUUUGUAAGAGAUGUGUCGAGCAAGAAAGUUCUGGAAGUAUGUACAUAUGUGGAUGUCCAGGGACUGGAAAAUCACUGAUCAUGGAAAAAGUGAAGGACGCUUUAGUAGAUUGGGCAAAGGAGGGAGCAUUUCAACCACCGGAUUUGGUAUCCAUCAAUUGUACAUCUCUGGUGAACAGCACUGAUGUUUUUAGCAAGAUACUGGGAAAAAGCCCACAGCGGAAGAAAAAUAGUGGCUCCAGUUCACCUUUGAAGAUUCUUCAGAAUAGCUAUUCUCUGAAACCACCUGCUAGUGGUUUGAAGAUGACGUUAAUUAUUGCUGAUGAGAUGGAUUAUUUGAUAACAAAAGAUCGGUCGGUACUCCAUGAUCUAUUUAUGCUCACCACACUCCCUUUUUCCAGAUGCAUUUUAAUAGGAGUUGCUAAUGCAAUUGAUCUGGCUGAUAGGUUUCUUCCAAAACUACAGUCAUUGAACUGCAAGCCACGUGUGAUAACUUUCCGAGCAUACUCUAAAGAUCAGAUCAUUGCCAUUCUGCAGCAGAGAUUAGCUGUACUUCCUUACAUUGUUUUCCAGCCUCAGGCAUUGGAGCUUUGUGCUCGGAGAGUAGCAGCUGCAUCUGGAGAUCUGCGGAAGGCUCUCUGUGUUUGCAGGAGCGCAAUUGAGAUGCUAGAAGCAGAAAUUAGAGACUCUGCUGAAAAUCUUGACCCUGCAUUCGUAGAUGGACGGAUUUGUCAUGGUGAUACUUUUGGCAAACAAGAUAACCAAUUUGUGAGAGUUGAUCACAUGGCUCUUGCCUUGUCAAAGGCGUAUAAAUCUCCUGUUGUGGAUAUUAUACAGUCUCUUCCUCAGCAUCAACAGAUUAUACUUUGUUCUGCUGUGAAGCUUUUUCGCGGGAGCAAAAAGAAGGAUACCACAAUAAGCGAGUUGAAUAAAUGCUAUGUAGAGUUUUGUAAAUCAACUUUAAUCCCACCACUUUCAAUCAUGGAACUCUCAAACAUGUGCAGAGUUCUAGCAGACCAGGGACUUAUUAAACUAGGACAGGCACGCGAAGAUAAACUAAGACGAGUUAUGUUAAAAGUAGACGAGGCAGAUAUCAACUUCGCAUUACAGGGCGUUCGUUUUUUUCGAAACUGUCUUCAAACAUAG